GUACCUACAAUACAUUGCUAUGACAAAAUAAUUAAUUUCAUCCCCAAAUAAACAAUGGCAAAAAAACUCAUCCUCAUUUCUAUCCUUAAAUUUCUCACCUUCAUGACCCUUUUCACAAAAUCAAACACACAAUCACCAAACUAUGUAGGUGAUGAUUGUCACAACUCAAAAGAACAAUCCCUUACAAAAACAUACAAAUCCAACCUUAAUAAAGUCCUCUCAUGGUUAUCUUCUGAUGCUCUCACAAGCAAAGGAUAUAACCAUACAAACAUAGGAGGAAACACAGUUGAUGGUGUCUAUGGUCUCUAUGAUUGUAGAGGUGAUGUCACAGGAUCAUUUUGUCAAUUUUGUGUUUCAACUGCAGCCUCAGAUAUUCUUCAGCACUGUCCUAAUAGAGCCUCAGCUGUGAUUUGGUACAACUUUUGCAUUCUAAGGUAUUCCAAUCAUGAUUUCUUUGGGAACCUAACAAUAACACCAUCAUGGCAAAUUUUGGGGUCAAAAAACAUAACUAAGCCACAAGAACUUGAGAAAGCUGAGGAUAAUAUGCAAAGUUUAAUAAGAGAAGCUACAUUGGUGACCCAUAAUUUGUAUGCAAUGGGAGAGUUCAAUUUGAGUAAUAGUCCUUCUUCUCAAAAAAGGUAUGGAUUGGUGCAAUGUAGUAGGGACCUCAGUGACAAUCAAUGUAGCCAAUGUUUGGAGGAUAUGUUAGACAAAGUUCCUAAAUGUUGUGGGACAAAGAUUGGUUGGCAGGUUCUUGCCCCAAGUUGUUUGAUAAAAUAUGAUGAUUAUAUGUUCUUUCAACUUAUUUCUCAAACAUCAGCUCCUUUGCCUAAUCCAGCUGAUCAAGGAGGUUCAAGUAAAUCAAUUACAUUGAUCAUCAUCACUAUAGUCAUUGUGUUGGUGGCACUUGCUCUCAUUAGUUGUUGUAUCUACUUCAUAUGGAGGAGGUAUCAAUCAAAUAAAGAUGGAUUGCCAUUAGAGUCUCUUGAUGACCUUAUUCAAGGAGAGGAUUCACUCCAUGGAGACCUACCUACAAUCCCUUUAAUUUGGAUUAGACAAAGCACUAAUAACUUUUCAGAGCUAUGUCAACUAGGAGAAGGUGGAUUUGGCCCUGUUUACAAGGGUAAUUUAGUAGAUGGAACAGAAGUUGCAAUCAAAAGACUCUCUAAAACAUCUUGUCAAGGUUUAGAGGAGUUCAAGAAUGAAGUAAUUUUUAUUGCUAAAUUACAACAUAGAAAUCUUGUGAGACUUUUGGGUUGCUGCAUUGAAGAAAAUGAAAAGCUACUUGUAUAUGAAUACAUGUCCAACUCUAGCCUUUCCUUUCACCUAUUUAAUGAGGAAAAAAGAAAUCAUCUAGAUUGGAAGUUAAGAUUUAGCAUUGUUAAUGGAAUUGCAAAAGGACUCUUGUACCUUCAUGAAGACUCUAGACUUAGAGUAAUUCAUAGAGACUUAAAAGCUAGUAAUGUUCUUUUAGAUCAAGAGAUGAAUCCAAAAAUAUCAGAUUUUGGAUUAGCAAGAGCAUUUGAAAAAGGUCAAAGUGAAGAAAAUACCGCAAGAAUAAUGGGUACAUAUGGAUAUAUGUCUCCAGAAUAUGCCAUGGAAGGAUUAUAUUCAGUAAAAUCUGAUGUUUUUAGCUUUGGAGUUCUUUUAUUAGAAAUAAUUUGUGGAAAAAGGAAUAGUGGAUUCUAUCUUGCAGAUCAUGGUCAAACUCUUCUUAUAUAUAGUUGGAGACUUUGGUGUGAAGGAAAAUGUUUGGAACUCUUAGAUCCAAUACUGGAAAAAACAUACAUAGCCAAUGAAGUUAUGAAGUGCAUCCACAUUGGUUUGUUGUGUGUACAAGAAGAUGCAAUUGAUAGACCAAACAUGUCAAAUGUUGUUGUCAUGUUGGCAAGUGACACAAUGACACUUCCUAAUCCUAAUCAUCCUGCAUUUUCAGUUGGAAGAAGAGUUAGAGAAGAUGAAUCAACAUCAAAGGCUUCCAAAGACAUUUCUGGUAAUGAAAUAACAAUGUCAAAUAUUUUACCUAGGUAGUGUAUAAUAUGGUAAAAAAAAUUGUACCUAAAUUCUCUACAAUUGAUAAUUUUUUUAAGUCUCUACAAUUGAAAUUCUCUACAAUUGUUAUAUGCCAACUCACAUAAAGACUUUGGUAAAUUGUGAACUCAAAAUUUCAAUUGAUUGAUUUUUAUGUAUAGUGGAGAUCACUAA